AUGUUCGGUCACAAGUUCCUCGGCCUGUUGGCGUUAUGCGCUCUAAGAGCAUCUGCCUCGGUCACGGUCCGGAAGACGAACAAGGGUCCAACCGGCUACGAGGUAGACUUCAAGUACACCAACACCACUGCCAAGCGUGUGAUCAUCGGCGACUUGCAGUUGUUCACUGAUCAGCUGCAUACCACGCUGGACAAUCGUGCAUGGUACAGUCCGAAAGAUUAUCAGCCUGGAGACUUCCCGGUCAAUUAUGGAACGCAGCCCGUCGAUCUUGUGUACCCAUAUGAGAUGACAAGCGAGGGCGAUGGCUUGUGGACAUUCACGACUCCUCUCCCCGCAGGCAUCUACCAGUAUCAUUACCUCAUCGACUGCGACUAUGCGCCGAACUGCACCAUCGUGACUGGUCAGCUAGUCACUGAUCCGGAUAAUCCUCCUUUCCAGAAUGUCAUAGGAGAUCAAGUCGCGUCUAACUUCCAAGUCCCGUACGACCCACAGUUCCAGGCCACGAACGACAUAAGCGCGGACUACGAUUAUGCGCUGCCCGCGCCUGCGGAGUACCGAGGGACCAUUAAGUCGGUGAAUUAUACCUCGCCGGGAUCCAUACACCCGGCGCCUGACGUGCACCACCUAGUCUUGUAUCUCCCAGCCGAAUACGGCAAGAUAGAAGGGAAGAAAUACCCACUUCUCUAUCUCUCUCACGGCGCCGCCGGCAACGCCAACGACUGGGAAAACCAAGGCCGAGUAUCCGCAAUUCUGGACAACCUGAUCGCAGGCGGGCACAUCGAGCCGACAGUCGUCGUGAUGCCGUCUUUCUAUAACCUCGACGACAGCCUCCCCCGCUUCAUCAUGGGUGACGCGUCGACCAUGUUCACAGCAUUGCCAUCUUCGAUCCACAUCCGCGAAAACUACCAGAAAUACCUGUUCCCGUGGGUGGAGCAGAACCUCGAGGUCUGCUCGGACCCCUCUUGCCGCGCGUUCGCCGGGCUAUCGUGGGGCGGGCGACUGACGUACGAAAUGUACGUCAAUGCGACGGACUACUUCUCCUGGUUCGGUAUGUUUUCGGCCGCCACAAGCGCCCCGUACAUCGACAACGCGACGUUGGCGGCGAACCCGGCUUUGGCGCAAAAGGGUGUGUUUGUCGCGUACGGGCUGUACGACUCGCAGUUCGAGCCGGGCCGGGAAAUCCAAGCGGCGCUAGAUAGCUUAAGCAUCGGGCACCUAUCGCGUGUCACGCCGGUCGGCGCCCACUGGUGGAACACAUGGCAAGAUGAGCUGUGGUGGUUCGGCGUCAAGGCCCUGUGGAAGCCGUAUCCGUAUAAUACGCGGAGCGGGCGGUAG